CGGAAGUCCGGGCGGGCGCAGAGCCGGAUGCGUUUUGCUACAGAGCCGUAAAGGCGCGCGGGAACAUGGGGUUGUAUGCCUCAGCUGCAGGCGUGCUGGCCGGCGUGGAGAACCGCCAGGGCUCCAUCAAGGGGCUGGUGUACUCCAGCAACUUCCAGAACGUGAAGCAGCUGUACGCGCUAGUGUGCGAAACGCAGCGCUACUCCGCCGUGCUGGAUGCCGUGAUCGCCAGCGCCGGCCUCCUCCGAGCGGAGAAGAAGCUGCGGCCGCACCUGGCCAAGGUGCUAGUGUAUGAGUUGUUGUUGGGAAAGGGCUUUCGAGGGGGUGGGGGCCGAUGGAAGGCUCUGUUGGGCCGCCACCAGGCGAGGCUCAAGGCUGAGUUGGCUCGGCUCAAGGUUCAUCGGGGUGUGAGCCGGAAUGAGGACCUGUUGGAAGUGGGAUCCAGGCCUGGUCCAGCCUCCCAGCUGCCUCGAUUUGUGCGUGUGAAUGCUCUCAAGACCUGCUCCAAUGAUGUAGUUGAUUAUUUCAAGAGACAAGGUUUCUCCUAUCAGGGUCGGGCUUCCAGCCUUGACGACUUACGAGCCCUCAAGGGGAAGCAUUUUCUCCUGGACCCCUUGAUGCCGGAGCUGCUGGUGUUUCCCGCCCAGACAGAUCUGCAUGAACACCCACUGUACCGGGCCGGACACCUCAUUCUGCAGGACAGGGCCAGCUGUCUCCCAGCCAUGCUGCUGGACCCCCCGCCAGGCUCCCAUGUCAUCGAUGCCUGUGCCGCCCCAGGCAAUAAGACCAGUCACUUGGCUGCUCUUCUGAAGAACCAAGGGCCCUUAGCUGCUCCACGCGUGCUCAGCUCACCCCCGCUUUGCCCUAGGAAGAUCUUUGCCUUUGACCUGGAUGCCAAGCGGCUGGCAUCCAUGGCCACGUUGCUGGCCCGGGCUGGCGUCUCCUGCUGUGAGCUGGCUGAAGAGGACUUCCUGGCGGUCUCCCCCUCAGACCCGCGCUACCGUGAGGUCCACUACAUCCUGCUGGAUCCUUCCUGCAGUGGCUCGGGUAUGCCGAACAGACAGCUGGAGGAGCCCGGGGCAGGACAACCGAGCCCGGCGCGUCUGCAUGCCCUGGCAGGGUUCCAGCAGCGAGCCCUGUGCCACGCGCUCACUUUCCCUUCCCUGCAGCGGCUUGUCUACUCCACGUGCUCCCUCUGCCAGGAGGAGAAUGAAGACGUGGUGCGAGAUGCGCUGCAUCAGAACCCCGGCGCCUUCAGGCUAGCUCCCGCCCUGCCUGCCUGGCCCCACCGAGGCCUGAGCACGUUCCCGGGUGCCGAGCACUGCCUCCGGGCCUCCCCUGAGACCACGCUCAGUGGUGGCUUCUUCGUUGCCGUAAUUGAACGGGUCAAGGCGCCAAGCUCAGCCUCACAGGCUGAAGCAUCAGCACCAGAAUGCACACCCAGCCCAGCCCCAAAGAGAAAGAAGAGACAGCAAAAAGCCGCAGCCGGUGCUUGCACACUGCCUUGCACAUAGCAGAGGCUCCGGGUUGACGACUUCCUGGUGGGAAAGGAAGACGCCUGUCCUCUCCAUGGAGAACCCUGGGCCCUCACCGCAGGCAGCACUUUGGGUUUUGAAAGGGUAUUGGGUCCCUUCCUCGGGCUGUGUUCUUGCUGGUGAGCAAAGUGUUGCCUGCAGAAAUAAAAAGCAGAACGUACUCUA